AUGGAGGAAGACGAUAUCGCCGCUGCCAUGGGCUUUUCGUCCUUUGGCGGUACCAAGAAAAGAAAAUACGACCAGGCGAAUUCACCCAAAGCUAAGGCCGAUGUCAGUGGAGCCAAUACCACAAAACUAGGAAUGAGAUCAAAGGUUGCAGCGAGCAGUGAACAUGAGGAUUUUGAGACUCCACAUGCUAGUUCGGCCACUGCCCACGGUCAGACGCUCCCAGAGAUUCCUCGCGAAACUCGUCACGUAGCCACUACUUUUACUCCGGUUGAUACAUCUGCUACAGAGACGAUGUCUUUUGGUGGUCCUCCAAUCUCUCGUGGUGAGCUGAAUACUCUUCGGUUCGGCGUUAAGGAUGAAAAGGGCGAUACGGUCUACUUUCUGCCCAGUUUUGUGGAGGAUCCGUGGGAAAACUUUAUGAAAAGUGAUAAGUGA